ACCAAGCACUUGCAUAAUAAUUUAACCUUUUUAUUUCGCCGUGGAAAGAAGGGAGGCGGCCGGCACAUGCGGCGGCGACGGCGGCGGCGCCCACCACGCAGACGCGGGAGCACGCACCAGGGCGGAAUACCGGUGGCCGCGGGUGCUUCCCACACGCCCCCCCCCCCCCUCGCGUCGCCAUCCUGCCCACCUGAUCCGCCGGCUACCCCUUCCACCGUCACGUGGGCUACACCACGCGCUGGCCCACGGUUCGGUGAAGCAGAAAUCGUUUCCCCCCGUUCUUUCCUCCCCCGAUCGAGCGCAUCGACGACUCGUCGUGGGAGCCGCCCUCGUUUUGUUCUUCUACUCGUCUCUGCCUCCCCCUCGCGCAAUCGGAGAAGGACGGACGUAGCAGAACCGAGCCCUCAGAUCCCGCAGCAGCAAGUCGUCUUCCCCUCGCCGGCCUCGAUUUGACGUACUUGUUGGGAGUUGCAGGAGAGGUAUCGAAUCAAGUUUCUUGAUCACGAAUGGUGCCCAGGGAUAGGGCGCAUGGCGCCGCUGCUGCCACCGCGGCCCUGACGGAGAACCUCGUCCAAGGGCCUAUCUUGAACAAGAAGUGCGAAAAGAAUGCUCCAAUGAAAGUGCAUAAAUCUGAGAGGGAGAAACAUAAGCGGGGCAAGCAGAAUGAUCUCUUCGGUGAGCUGGGAAAUAUGUUAGAACCUGAUAGGCAGAACAACGGGAAGGCAUGCAUAUUGAGUGACACUACACGGAUACUGAAAGAUCUACGUUCACAAGUAGAAUCUCUUCAAAAGGAGAACAACAUACUGAAGAAUGAAUCUCAUUAUGUUGCAUUGGAGAGAAAUGAAUUACUUGAUGAAAACAAUGUGAUCCGCAGUGAAAUCUCGGAACUUCAAACUGAGCUUACGAUGCGGUGUUCCAUUUGGAGCCAUGGCACAACUAUAUCAAAUCUCACGGCUGCUCAUCCUGCAAGCACAGUAUUUGCAUUGCAACAUUCAUCACAUCCACCAAUCAUUGCAACGAUGGCACUCCCUCUGCAACAGCCAGCAGUCCUUGAGCAAUCUUAUGCUGCACCACGGCGGGAGCUACAGCUCUUCCCCGAAUCUGCAUCCACAGAAGAUAUUGAACUGCCACAAGACCAGGGGACUUGUAAUCGUGUGACACGGCCGCAGGCAAGGUACCCAACAACAAUGGCUACUUUGCCUGUACACGAAUAUCCAAUCCUUUCAAGAAUGGAAGAUGAGCAAUGUAGCAGUGGCAUUACUGGUAGUGGUAAGAGCUCAAGCACAGAAUGAGAAAUCUGGUUCACGAUCUGAAGAGUUUGUCAGUUUCAAGCUUUACCUUUCCCAGUGUACCUAGUGUGCUAAAGAAACCUGUGUGGCUCUGUGCCUGCGGGUGUAAAUACCAUUCCAUUCUGUAUCA